AUUUACAGGAGGUGAGCAUGAAGUGGCCAAUGGGAAAAUUCUAGGAGGUAUUGGGACUCAUGAAGAUUCUGUUUCGGAGCCCUUGAGCUGCCGUUUGGCCAGUUCCCACACUGUGGAGUAUGCUUUCGUUUUUAACAAAUCCCAGCUCUUGUUCUUUUGUUGCUUCAUUCUUUCUUUGCUUUGCUGGGCGUUUUGUCUAAUUCUUUGUUCAAAACGCCAGUAACCUGGACAGCUUGCAGUCAAGACCCCCUACCGGUGACACUUGCGCUCUUCGGGGAGGUAAACAGCAUUUCCUCUCAGCUCUGGGUUGGAAAAAGCUGCAGCAGCUGAUGGGCCCGGGAACCCGAGGCCCCGCCCCCUAGGUGGUCCUAGCCUUUGCGCGUGCGCGGCGUGUCUGCGUGGGCGCAUGCGCAUAACGGCCGCCAUCUUAACAGCGCGUUCCCGUUGGCGUCUGAGGAACAGCAUCUCUGCCUUCCUGUUCACGGUGACCUUCGCUUGGUGUCCUCCUGGUCUCAGCAACCUGACAAUUCUGUCGUGUCGCGAUCAUCUUUCUCAAGAUGUUUUCUGUCUUCAUGAGUCAGAAUUUGAAGAGGAAAGGAUGGUGGCUGGGUGGUUGACAAAUUACUCUCAGGACUCAGUGACCUUUGAGGAUGUGGCUGUGGACUUCACCCAGGAGGAGUGGACUUUGCUGGAUCAAACUCAGAGAAACUUAUACAGAGAUGUGAUGCUGGAGAACUAUAAGAAUCUAGUUGCAGUAGAUUGGGAGAGUCAUAUUAAUACCAAAUGGUCAGCACCUCAGCAGAAUUUUUUGCAGGGGAAAACAUCCAGUGUGGUGGAAAUGGAGAGAAACCAUUUUGGAGAGGAACUGUUUGACUUUAACCAAUGUGAAAAAGCCUUGAGUGAACACUCAUGCCUUAAGACUCACAGGAGAACUUACUUUAGAAAGAAAACCUGUGAGUGUAAUCAAUGUGAAAAAGCCUUCAGAAAACCCUCUAUCUUACACAAGAAAACUGAUAUCGGAGAGGAACUUCCUAACUGUAAUCAAUGUGACACAGCCUUCAGCCAACAUCUACAUCUUGUUUGCAAGAAAACUAGCCAAAAUCUACAUCUUGUUUGCAAGAAAACUCACACUCAAGAGAAACCAUAUAAAUGCAGUGACUGUGAAAAAGGCUUACCUUCCUCCUCACACCUCAGAGAAUGUGUAAGAAUUUAUGGUGGAGAGAGACCAUAUACUCAUAAGGAGUAUGUCAAAACCUUUUCUCAUUCUACAGCCCUUUUUGUACACAUGCAAACUCAAGAUGGAGAAAAAUUCUGUGAAUGUAAAGCAUGUGGGAAACCCUUCACUGAGUCUUCAUAUCUUACUCAACAUUUAAGAACUCAUAGUAGAGUGUUACCUAUAGAACAUAAGAAAUUUGGCAAAGCCUUUGCUUUUUCCCCAGAUCUUGCUAAACAUAUAAGACAUAGAACUAGAGGAAAACACUAUGUUUGUAAUGAAUGUGGCAAAGAAUUUACUUGUUUCUCAAAACUCAACAUUCACAUAAGGGUUCACACUGGAGAAAAACCGUAUGAGUGCAACAAAUGUGGGAAAGCCUUCACUGAUUCAUCAGGUCUUAUAAAACACAGGCGAACUCACACUGGAGAAAAGCCUUAUGAAUGUAAGGAAUGUGGGAAAGCUUUUGCUAACUCUUCACAUCUUACUGUACAUAUGAGAACUCACACUGGUGAGAAGCCUUAUCAAUGUAAGGAAUGUGGAAAAGCCUUUAUUAAUUCCUCUUGCUUUAAAAGUCACAUGCAGACUCAUCCCGGUGUAAAACCCUAUGACUGUCAACAGUGUGGGAAAGCCUUCAUUCGAUCCUCAUUUCUUAUUCGACAUUUGAGAAGUCACAGUGCAGAAAGGCCUUUUGAAUGUGAGGAAUGUGGGAAAGCCUUUAGAUACUCCUCGCACCUUAGUCAACAUAAAAGAAUACAUACAGGGGAGAGGCCAUAUAAAUGUCAAAAGUGUGGGCAAGCCUUCAGUAUCUCAUCAGGCCUUACAGUACACAUGAGAACUCACACUGGUGAACGGCCCUUUGAAUGUCAGGAAUGUGGGAAAGCCUUUACUCGGUCCACAUAUCUUAUUUGACAUCUAAGAAGUCAUAGUGUGGAGAAACCAUAUAAGGAAUGUGGGCAAACCUUUAGUAAUUCCUCAUGCCUUACUGAAUGUGUGUGAAUUGGGGCUGAUACUUGGAAAGAAUGUGGUAAAGCCACUACCUCACACUUACUGAACAUGUACUCAUUCAUAGUGGCAAUGUACACAGUCAUAAGGAAUGUGGGAAGCCUUCCUUGGUGUCUCAGAUCU